AUGGUACAGGCUCUGCUCCUGUCUGGUCCAGAGAGGCUUCCAAAAAUAGAGCGUGUGCAGGGAGACGAGCAAAGGAACGUGUGGCGGAAGCACAAACAGCACUACAUGGCUUUUCUCAGUUGGAAUGGUUUCUCUCUGUCUCCCACAGAUGGACUUCCCAGUAAAGAACAGCUUCUGGAACUUCUGAAGCCAUCUGGAGUAAACCACAUUCCCCCUGUUGAUGUGAGUGCGACGCUGCCACUGCAAGUGCCGCCUUCUGCCAUCCCCAUGGACCUGCGUGUGGAUCACCAGUUCGCCCUGGCGCCGACGGACUCGGCUCAGCGCGAGCAGCAGCUGCAGCAGGAGCUUCUGGCCCUCAAGCAGAAACAGCAGAUACAGAGGCAGAUCCUGAUCGCAGAGUUUCAGCGUCAGCACGAGCAGCUCUCGCGCCAGCAUGAAGCGCAGCUGCAGGAGCAUGUCAAGCAUCAGCAGGACCUCCUGGCCCUGAAACAUCAGCAGGAGCUCCUGGAACACCAGCGGAAGUUGGAGCGCCAUCGUCAGGAACAGGAGCUGGAGAAACAGCAGCGGGAACAGAAGCUCCAAUUACUCAAAAACAAAGAACGCGGCCAAGAGAGUGCUGUGGCGAGCACUGAGGUGAAGAUGAGGUUACAGGAGUUCGUCCUCAACAAGAAGAAAGCUCUGGCCCAGAGGAGCCUCAACCACUGCCUGCCCAACGACCCGCGCUACUGGUACGGAUGCCUGUCCUCUUUCCAUCUCUCAUCAGCAUCUGAGCCCAACCUGAAGCUGCGAUCCAGGCUGAAGCAGAAAGUUACGGAGCGCAGGAGUAGCCCGCUGCUUCGGAGGAAGGAUGGGCCGGUCACCAGUGCAAAGAAGCGCUCUCUCGACAUGGCAGAAUCGGCAUGCAGCAGUGCGCCUGGCUCUGGUCCAAGUUCACCCAACAACAGUUCAAACAAUAUUACCAAUGAGAACGGCAUCGCUGGAUCAAUCUCCAACAGUCCAGUGGAGCCAUCUUUGGCGCACAGACUCACAGGCAGAGAGGGUCCUGUUAGCCAGCUGUCUCUGUACACAUCGCCCUCCCUUCCCAACAUCACCCUGGGCCUGCCAGCCACCGGCCCCUCCAGCGUGGCAUCUGGCCAACAGGAUGGUAACAGAAUGGCCGUGCCAGGCUUGCAGCCAGGAAUACCCAUAACCACUCCGUUCAUGCCAGGAGCCCACCUGUCUUCUUACUUGGCCGCCUCCACCUUAGAGCGGGAGGGCGGCUCGGCACACAACACUCUCCUGCAGCAUAUGGUGCUUCUGGAGCAGUCAGCCGCACAGAACUCCCUGGUCGCAGGCCUGGGGGGCGUGUCCCUGCAGUCGCAUCCCAUCCACAAGCUCCGGCAACAUCGGCCCCUUGGACGCACACAGUCGGCCCCCCUGCCCCAGAACGCCCAGGCACUGCAGCAGCUGGUGGUUCAACAGCAGCACCAGCAGUUUCUGGAAAAACACAAGCAACAGUUCCAACAGCAGCAGCUUCACAUCAGCAAGAUGAUUGCUAAGCCGAACGAGCCGGGCCGACAGCAUGAGAGCCACCCGGAGGAGACGGAAGAGGAGCUGAGGGAGCACCAGGGCCUGGGCGACUCCACGGAGGCUCUUCCUCACGGGGUCACCAUCAAACAGGAACCGCCGGAUGAACAGGAUGAAGAGUUCCAGCAGAGAGAGAGGCAAGCCGAGGAAGAGCUGCUCUUCAGACAGCAAGCUGUCCUGUUGGAGCAACAGAGGAUCCAUCAGCUGAGGAACUAUCAGGCGUCCAUGGAGGCGGCCGGACUGUCUGUGACUUUCCCAGGCCAUCGGCCCCUGUCCAGAGCACAAUCGUCACCGGCCUCUGCGACCUUUCCCAUUGUGGUGCAGGAACCACCGGCCAAACCGCGCUUUACCACCGGUCUGGUGUAUGACUCCCUGAUGCAGAAACACCAGUGCAUGUGUGGAAACAGUAACAUCCACCCCGAGCAUGCCGGACGCAUCCAGAGCAUCUGGUCACGACUGCAGGAGACGGGGCUGCGCGGCCAGUGUGAGUGUAUUCGAGGCAGGAAAGCCACUCUGGAGGAGCUCCAGACAGUCCACUCUGAGGCUCAUGUGCUGCUUUACGGAACUAACCCUCUCAGACAGAAACUGGACAGCUCGGUGACACCUAUGUUCGUGCGACUGCCGUGCGGAGGAAUCGGGGUGAGUUUCUCUUUCUUUCCCAUGUGCAUUCUGGGAAUGCCCCCUUUCCGAGCCAGUCUCGAUGUGUCGUUUUCUCUUCCUGAUUGCUCGGCAAUCAAGCUCCUCUGUAAGAAUGAGAAGGGCACAAAAGAGGAUGUUUGGGAACGGUUGGGUGCGAAGGCCUCAUGUACUCUGCUGUGUCUGUUUGCUGUCCGCUUGAGUAAACGUCUCACUUCUGUCCUGUGUAGUCUGUCAGCGGCUUGUUUGACUCAUAAUGAGAAUGGCUUUGCUGUGGUGCGACCUCCAGGACAUCACGCUGAGGAGAGCACUCCCAUGGGAUUUUGCUAUUUCAACUCGGUCGCCGUUGCAGCCAAACUUCUGCAGCAGAGACUUAACGUCAGUAAGAUUCUCAUUGUAGACUGGGACGUUCACCAUGGCAACGGGACUCAACAGGCCUUCUACAGUGACCCUAAUGUCCUGUAUGUGUCUCUCCAUCGCUACGAUGAUGGGAACUUCUUCCCUGGCAGCGGAGCCCAUGAUGAGGUGGGCAUCAGUCCAGGCGUGGGCUUUAACGUGAACAUGGCCUUCACCGGUGGUCUGGAGCCGCCCAUGGGGGACGCAGAUUAUCUGGCAGCAUUCAGGACGGUGGUGAUGCCAAUUGCGAAUGAGUUCGCUCCAGACGUGGUGUUGGUUUCUUCAGGCUUCGACGCUGUGGAGGGGCAUCUGCCACCUCUGGGAGGAUACAAGCUCACGGCCAAAUGUUUUGGCUACCUGACGAAGCAGCUGAUGGGACUGGCUGGCGGACGGCUGGUGCUCGCACUGGAGGGGGGUCACGACCUCACCGCCAUUUGUGAUGCCUCCGAAGCAUGUGUUUCUGCUUUGCUUGGAAACGAGUUGGACCCUCUUUCUGAAGACGUGCUACAACAGAGGCCGAACCCCAAUGCUAUUCACUCCAUGGAGAAAGUUCUGGAAGUCCACAGUAAAUACUGGCGCUCGCUGCAGAGAUCUGCCUCGACUCUGGGCUACUCGCUGCUGGAGGCUCAGAGAUGUGAAACUGAAGAGGCAGAGACGGUGACCGCCAUGGCCUCCCUGUCUGUGGCCAACAAGCACAUGGGAAAGAGAACAGAGGAGGAGCCUAUGGAAGAGGAACCUCCAUUGUAGAAGGUCCGAUCGACUGCCUUGGUGACCCUCUUGGCUCAGAGCCUCUUCAAGGCCUCUGACGUCACUCUACUCUCUCCAUCCGUUUCAUUUUUUGUCCCACGAUGUGCGCGCUUUGAGCACGGGAUCCGAAACGGCCUGAAGAAAUCUCCAUGACACCCAGAGUUCGACAAACGUCUCAGCCGUGUUAGUCUGUCUCUGUCUGUGGCAGAACGUCCGGGAUUGUGCAACCUGGUCUGUCCGCAGGGACACUUAACUUUUGAGCAGGACAUAGACUCACGUUUCGUUGUUAGAUGUGAGAGCUGGUGCUUUCGACAUGAACUUUUUCAUUAUUUUCCAGAGCCACUAUAAGACUGAUUUCGGCUGUUACGGCCUACGUUUUUUUAUUUGUCGACUCUCUCUGUUCGUUUGUCUGUCUUUCUUUUAUUCUUGGAGAAAAAAGUGACUCAUUCCAUUCGCAAUUCUAGUUACUGCUUCACGAGGGUGGACGAUGUGAUUGGGAGAGAGAUCGAAAGAUUCUGGGAAGCCCAACAGAAAGUCAACAAUGUGAGUUUGUGCCUUUUGCAAAAUAGUUUCCGUGAUGGAUCCAGAAGAACAUUGCCUUAAACUAGUUAAAAGAGGGAAAACGUUUCGCCGUCUCGGUUUUUCUUGACACCCGACGGUCAAAGGCUGGCCUGAAGAAUCGAGAAACCCUCAGCAUGUUUACCAGGAACUCCCUGCAGAUAUCUUCAUGUUUCACACACAUUAUGACCUGUUUUAUGUUCCUUCAUUUUUAUUGUGCUUGUGUUGGACGUUACAUGACUUUAAGUGUCACUGACAAAUGAACUUUAAGGUAGUUGCCAGCUAUCCAAGGGCAAAACGUUCGAUUGAAUUCUCCAGCGCUUUAAAAGGCAAGCCAAUGUAGCAACUCGUUUCAACUCUAAUGACCAAAUACGCGCCUCCUCCUAUGAAAAGUUGACCGGCAUGCAGCUUUCCAUCUGCCAAGUUAAGAAUUCACCCGUCGUAGUUUAACAGCGCCGACAAGCAUGAGUUUGCUGUGAGCAUAUAGGAUAGGGCUGCGAUGACCACGCGUCAUACGAUUUGUAGUUCGAGACAGACUUUCUAUUUUUCCUUCUCUCCACAUGUUGUACUUCUAUAUAGCUAUGAAUGUCUAGUAUUUCGGUUACUUUACAGUUAAUCAAAGGGCACUAGUGUAUCACUACUAUUAUUCUACUCAGCAGAUGGUCAAUUUUAUUGACACCUUUGAAACAAGCGGAAAAGGGCUGGUUACCGAUUUUAAAUGUACCACUGAGCCUUCAGACGUGCCACCUGGUGAGAUUUAGCGCUGGUUUCCCGCCGACAGGCCUGAGCGAGGAGGGUUAUGGGCCUUUCGCUAGGGGCAGGUGCUACCGAACAUGUGCCCGUCGCAUGACACAAUCCAGGAAGUAGCGGGACCACCAGCUUCCACUCGGAAAACAAUCAUAAAACGCCUCUGAGACAACUGUGAUACUCAGACAAUCUGCAUGGGACAUUGACGUAGUUUCGGAGCCACAGCGGUGCUUCGAAGCGGCACAUAGAACUGUAUAUAUACGCAAUUAUGCAUGCUGACAGUAGAUCAUUUGGCUUGACUUUGAUUGUACAUUGAACUUUUUGAUUCUGGACUGAUGAAGAGGCGAUAAUUUGUUUGACAACCCCUGACUCAUGUUUAGCCUCUCGGCAACUACCUUUGGCAUUCUUUUUCCGUGUGUCAUGUUCGAUAUGAGACGCAUUAAGGCGGGAGAUUUGACUCACCAUUGCCAUUGUUCCUCGACUUCAUCUUUAUAUAUGCCUGUCACGUAUGACUACUCCACUUUGGGUUCAUGCCUGUUAUUUUCUUAAUAGAGCUCAUUUGUCCUGUUUUUUUUUGUUGUUGUUGUUGUACUUUUUGGAUUAUUUACUUGUUUGUCAGUCUGUAUGUAGUUGACCAUGUGUUUUACAUACAUCUUUAGUUUCUUGUUUUAGAGAGUAACAUGCCUUUUUUAAUUUGUUUUAUUUAGGGUUUUUUUUGUAUGCGGUGGGAGGGAGAUGCUUUUACUUUGUAUAAUGAUUCCGACAAUUGUGUAUUUACUACAUUCUGUUCAUAGUAGAUUUAUAUUACAAAGAUCUAUAGAUAUAUUAUAUAUUAUUGCAGACUCUUAAUAAGAAAACUAGUAUUGCAAAAUGAUAUAUUUCAGUAUGUGGUCUGGCUUCGGCCGUUGCUGGUUCCACUUGAAGGCACUGUUUAUUGGUUUCAUGCAUUCGCAGUAGCAUUACUCUGGCACCGUAAACUCUUGAUCAAACGGAUCUUCGUGGUUUCAAGCUUCAGUUUGACAGAGUGCUCUCUAAACUCUAAAACAUAAAUAUUAUGGACUGACACUGUACAUUUCCAUUGGUUAAAAGUCCAUUUGGAUAGACCAACUAGAGUAGAUGCUGACAUCAUAAUGAUCCUUCUGUGUGGUACAUCCAAGAUGGAUUUAGUUAUUUUUGCGUAUUUUUAAGGUUUGAAUAACUUUAGCCUUUCAAGAACAUUUCCAGGUCAUAUUUCACCCAGAAAAAGGACAUAAGAAAUUACAUUUUGCUUUUAAAAAAAACAAAAACAACGAGGCCAACAAAGCAAAACAGGCUCAACCAAUGGUGUGAGUUUGGGGGCGUGGCUGUCUGUUUAAUCGACCAAUGGCAGACAGUUUCCAAAAUAAGUGUUUGAAAAGAAUCAUUACUUGGAGGUGUAGAAAUUACACGCACUUAAAAAAAAAUCAUGUAGAAACAAUUAUCACUCAGAA